AUGACCCUGUUAAAAUCUGCUACAAAUAUUCAUUUUUUUUUCGACAUUAUCUAUCUCAUUCUACUCUUUCUUAUCUAUCUAUCUAUCUAUCUAUCUAUCUAUCUAUCUAUCUAUCUAUCUCCUUCUGUUCAUAUCUAUCUCAGUCUCUUUCUUUCUUUCUUUUUUUAUCUAUCUAUCCAUAUAUCUAUCUCCUUCUGUUCAUAUCUAUCUCAGUCUCUUUCUUUCUUUCUUUCUUUCUUUUUUUAUCUAUCUAUCUAUCUAUCUAUCUAUCUAUCUAUCUCCUUCUGUUCAUAUCUAUCUAAUUCUCUUUCUUUCUUUCUUUCUUUUUUUAUCUAUCUAUCUAUCUAUCUAUCUAUCUAUCUAUCUAUCUAUCUAUCUCCUUCUGUUCAUAUCUAUCUCAGUCUCUUUCUUUCUUUCUUUCUUUCUUUUUUUAUCUAUCUAUCUAUCUAUCUAUCUAUCUAUCUAUCUAUCUAUCUAUCUCCUUCUGUUCAUAUCUAUCUAAUUCUCUUUCUUUCUUUCUUUUUUUAUCUAUCUAUCUAUCUAUCUAUCUAUCUAUCUAUCUCCUUCUGUUCAUAUCUAUCUCAGUCUCUUUCUUUCUUUCUUUCUUUUUUAUCUAUCUAUCUAUCUAUCUAUCUAUCUAUCUAUCUAUCUAUCUAUCUAUCUAUCUAUCUAUCAUUUUAUAAUUGA